CCGGAAGUUGAUAGUUUUGAAAAAACAUUGCUGGAAGAUUUAGAUAUUUCAAGACGAAUUUACAAAUAAGAUCAAUAAAUAGAGCCUCUUAAGUUAAAGCAACCACUAAGCUCUACAGCAAAUAUAGUGUAGUCUUAAUUCGGUCAAGGAAAAACUCUCAAUUAGGCCAAUGAAAAAUGUGAAAAAAUUAUUUUUUGUUUUCCAAUUAUUUUGUUCAUUGUCCAAUCUGACAAUCAGUUAUCUCAUAUUUGACAAUCAGUGACUUGAUAAAACAUGAAACAAUAGACAAUCGAAAGGACUAUAUGCUUGCAUGAAUAUGAAUGCAAUCUUGGACUGAAAUAGCCAUCUUGGUGUAGUUCUGCAUUUUGAUCUUGUCAAAUAGACUAAAGUGCACUGUUUGAUUCAUUUUUAGUGCAGCUGUACUUGCUGUAUUUAUGGUAAUGCUGAAACAUGGAGACCGUGUGCCAGGAAGAGGUUCCAUGCUUCGUGUUGGGACAUUGGUUGGUCAGGGAAGAUGUUGCGAGGUUUACAGAGUGAAGCAAGAUGACGUAAAAGAAGAGUUUGCAUUGAAGAUUUACAAGAAAGAGAGUAAUUAUGCUGCUGCUUGUAGAAGAGAAACCAGUCUUCUUGAGAUGUUGAAGGCGCGUGGUAACAUAGGGGGACAUUUAGUGGAGACUCUAGACCAGUUUCAGUACAAGGGACAUGAGAUGAUCUUACAAGAGCUACUAGACUGUACCUUGAGGGAACUCAUGCUGAAAGUCCAAGCUUUAGACUCAACAUUCUCUUUCUUCCUUCUACAAAAGUUCACUCAGGAUAUAUUAGUGUCCCUUUCUGGCCUACAUCUAGAUGGGUUCAUCCAUGCUGACCUGAAGCCAGCUAAUAUACAAUGGAGUCCCAAAGACAGCUGUCUUAAACUUAUAGACUUUGGCCUUAGUUUCCACAAAGCUGACCAGAACAUUGGGACAGUGCAAUCACCAGCUUACCAAUCACCAGAGUCUAAAUUCUGGAAUGAAGUCCAUCCUGAGACAACGAACUGCAAUACUGCAAUCGAUAUGUGGGGUAUGGGGUGUGUCAUGGCCGAGAUGUACUCGUCAGAGAAGCUAUUUCCCCACUCUGCUGCUAUAUCAAGCAAUAAAUGUGAUGCCUGCCAAGCAGGAGGUAGCCAGGCUUUGUGCAUGUAUUCCAAGAAAGUCCAAGAAGAUCUUCUACCAAGGGCAACAUUUGAUAAUACAACAAGGAGUCAUUUCUUGCAGUACAAAGACUUACUGCUGAAGUUUAUCCACUGUGACGCAGAGAAGAGGACAGAGGCCCACAGUGCUUUAAAUCACCCCUUCUUCUCUCUGAAACUAGAGCCAUCCUUUCAUGAUCUGAUCCUGCUUCCCACCUGCAUUCUACGUCUCCUGAAUGCUGUAGAUGAAAAGGAUGUGCAACUGGCUGAUGAAUUUCUAGAUUUGAGUGCAGAUAUAAGGCAAGAGUGCUCCAGGUUUGGCCCAAUCCACCAGUUCAUCAUUCCAGACAGACAUCCAGGCCUAGGCAAGGUGUAUAUUCACUACAAGCUGGCAAAGCAGUGUGCCCAAGCAUUCCAGAGUCUAAAUGGUAGGACAUUUAAUGGACAUACAAUCAUAACUACAUACUAUCCUCACCAUCUAAUGGAGAUGGGGCAGUUCUAUUGAGUUUAAUAAUACAUACUACUGAUACAAUCAUGGGGCACCCAAAACAGAAACCAACAAGGUGAUAACAAACAUUUCAAACAAUAGCCCAAGGCUAAUAAUCAUUCAUUAGUAACAGAGUCAUUUUGUUUCUUUUCACUUUAUAUGGGGCAUGAAUAACAUGAAUUGACAAAGAGGGUGCCCAUCUGUGAACAAAAAUUAUAAAUUCUUAUGAAAUAAUCCUGGACUUCCCUGAAUGGGUCUAGGAUAUUAUUACAAUUUUUAAAUGUAAGGAAAUGGACUUAGGGUUACCCCAGUUGGGAGACCUGGGGAGUUAACAGACAUGUUCAAUACAAAGAGAAACAGCAUGGCUUCCAUUUAAUUGUGCAGCCAUCAUAAAACAAUCAUAUGUAUAAAAAACUUCCUAGUAAUCCCUCAGGCAAAGGUAUCACUUCCAUAUUACUCGU